AAACUAAGAUCUUCUCCCUCCGACAAGAUACAAGACACGAAAGCCCUAUUUAAUGCAAAGAUCACACAUACACACUUACCCUCAUUCACUAAGAUCCUUAAUUGUUAUUUUGAUCGCCUGCUUCAUCAAAAUUUAUCUCCCUUUACGUAAUUAUAAUGGGGCGAUCACCAUGUUGCGAUGAGAAUGGGUUAAAGAAAGGGCCAUGGACACAAGAGGAGGAUGAGAAACUGAUAGUUCACAUUCAAAAACAUGGCCAUGGAAGCUGGAGAGCUCUUCCGAAGCAAGCUGGUUUAAAUCGAUGUGGGAAGAGUUGUAGAUUAAGAUGGACUAACUACUUGAGACCUGACAUUAAGAGAGGAAAUUUCACUGAAGAGGAAGAACAAACUAUUAUCAACCUCCAUUCCCUUCUUGGAAACAAGUGGUCGUCGAUAGCUGGUAAUCUUCCUGGGAGAACGGACAAUGAAAUAAAAAACUAUUGGAACACACAUUUGAGAAAGAAACUUCUCCAAAUGGGGAUUGAUCCGGUGACCCAUAGGCCAAGAACCGACCAUCUAAAUGUUCUAGCUGCUCUCCCGCAGCUUCUCGCGGCCGCAAAUUUGAACAGCCUCUUGAAUCUCAAUCAAAAUGUGCAACUGGAUGCGACAACUCUUGCUAAAGCUCAACUGAUUCACAACAUGAUUCAAGUCCUUAGCACCAAUAACAACACCAAUCCUUCUUUUUCUUCAUCAACCAUGCAAACCAAUAACAACAAUCUCUUUGGCCAAUCUUCUUACUUGGAGAACCAAAAUAUAUUUGGUCAGUCUCAAACCUUCUCUCAUAUUCUUGAGAACAGUCAUGAUAACCCUUUGGAUUCUUUAACUUCCGGCCCCAUACAACCCGAUUUUCAAGAUGAUCAUAAUUCACUCCCUCUGUUGGUUCCUGCUUCUCCUGAUGAAGAAUCUAAACAAACUCAAACGAUGAUCAAGAACAAAGACAUCGCGGAGUACCAUCAUCCUGAUCAUAAUACAAACCCUUCAUCAUCAAAUUCGACGUUCACACAAGAUCAUCAUCAGCCAUGGUGUGACGUUAUUGAUGAUGGAGCAAGUGAUUCUUAUUGGAAAGAGAUUAUAGAGCAAACGUGUUCGGAACCAUGGCCAUUUCCUGAAUAGACAAGACUGGAAAAUAAUUAAAGAGAGAAUACUUUGAUACUUUUAUUUGUUGUCAAUAGAGUUAAAAGCAUAUUUGUUGUUCACUAAUUAAUCUUCCUUACAUUUUGUUUUUUUAGGACCAUGUGUGGUAAACCGUGAUCUCGUACAAACUUAAUUACUGUACCUUACCGUAUUAGAUACAAAUGAUUCGUGUUUGUAAUUACUUUAAUACUUCUAAAUUAUAUAUUUUGAUGAAAAAUACAAACGUUGAUUUAAUUUUUUUUUUUGUUCAUCCAUCUGGAUUUCUUAAUUAAAAAGUAAAUAAACAUACUACAUCGACACGUAAACGCAUACGCAAAUACAAGCAUAAAACAAACAAGCUUGUGAUGUCUUCUAUUAGUUGUAUUUUUAGUCAACCAAGUAAAACCAAAACAGA